CCUGAUUAUAAACUGUAUGUUCAUAACAUAUAUAAAAUAAACCACUGAGAGUCUGAACAUAAUUUUUUAAUAGCUGCGAGGUGAUACAACUCAACGCAAUGAAAUUUGUGCUGUUCUUUCUGUUAAUCGUGUUGAUUGCUCAGAGCGCUCUAGGUGUGCCAUCUAGGGACGCUGGACCACAUGGUGCCAACAGAGGUGGGAAUCGUGGAGGCAAUCAAGGAAAUUCUGGAAGUAAUAGGGGUGGAGGUGGUUCAAGCGGUGGGCCUGGCAAUGGACAAGGAGGAACUCGACUUGCUUAAUCAUUUUUUAUUUUAAUAUAUCCGCAUAAUUUUUA